AUGGGUCGUACCGUCGACCAGGAAGUUCACGCGGCGUUCGUCGAGUUCCGCGCCAAGGAAGACGAUAAGUGUCUCUCCGUCCAGUGUAUCUACUGCCAGCAGAUCCGCGCCAAAAACACCUCGCGUCAGAAGCAGCACCUGCUUGAGUGCCCCGGCCUCCGUGGCCAUACCAACCCCCAGGCUCAGUCUCAGACUGCGCAGUCCGCCCCCAACGGUAUUGGUGCUACCAAUGGAUAUCCUCCUACUCCCAAUGGUGCUACAGCCACUGCACCAGGCGCGGGCCCUGGUCCAGGUGCCCUGCCUACUCCCAACGGGCCCAUGAUGUCGAACGGUGUCAAUCCCCAUGCUACCCCUAUGCAGACGCCACUGCAGAAUAUGCAAGGCCGUGCUUCCCUUCCAACUUCCGGCCCCACCGGCACAUCCUCUGCUCCCCCGACGCAACAAGCUCCUCGUGCGACUCCCAAGUCUAAACCGAAAACUUCGUCCUCAAGUUUGCCCGCGCCUCCCUUGGACGAUGUACAUGCUGCGUUUGUCGAGUUCCGUGCGAAAGAGGAAGACAAGGUAAGAUAUGCCGCCGCUAGUGCCAUGCCUGAUAUUGCCGAGCAUCCAUGUCUGACUGGGGCCCAGUGUCUCUCCGUCCAAUGCAUCUAUUGCCAGCAAGUCCGCGCCAAGAACACGAGCCGUCAGCGUCAACAUCUCUUGGAAUGUCCCACCUACCUCAGCGUGAUGAAGGAUUCAAUCCCCGCCAACAACCUCCUCCACACUUUCCCCGAAGGCGACGUGGCUCGCUCAUUGCAGAUCCCCGCGCCUACUCUUGAAUUGGACUUCCGCAUGAGCAUAAAGAUGAACCCAAAGGUGGCUGUUGGUCAGAGCCUUUGGGGCCAGAGAGACUGGGUCACGUUUGUUGGUGGCCAAUGGGCUGGCAGAUGGGGCAAGGGUAUCGUGCUGCCCGGAGGACAAGAUUCGCAGAUUGUGACGAAGGAAUCCGCCACCAGUCUUCGCGCAAGCUACAUGCUUCAAACCGCAGAUGAUCCCCCGGCUUAUAUCAUCGUGAAGACCAAUGGGUGGCUCACGGGCGCCAAGGACGUUCUGGACAAGGUCAACGAUCCGGGCGUCGCGGACACGAUCAACCCCAACACGUACAAGUAUCGUAUCAAUCUCACCAUGGAGACUGGCGACGAGCGCUACGCAUUCUUGAACACCUUGAUGUGGGUUGGCAGUGGUUGCCGCAGGGGCCAUGAAGUCAUCUUCGAUUCGUUCCGUGUCAAUUAA